CUGAGGGGCGGGAGCAGCCGGUUCCGCCCUUUCCCGGUGGCUCCUCCUCCUCCGUCGCAGCAGGGCCCGAGAGACGGCGAGAGAGAGAGAGACGUGGUCCAGCGAGCCCCGUCAUGGACGAGACCUUAGAUGAACCUCCCACUUCUGCUGUCUUCUUGGACAACUGCCACUUCUCCCAGGUUAUCUUUAAUAACGUGGAGAAGUUUUACGUCCCCGGAGGAGACGUAACCUGCUAUUAUACCCUCACGCAGCACAUCACUCCUCGCAGAAAGGACUGGGUGGGCAUUUUCCGGGUGGGAUGGAAAACAACCCGGGAAUAUUACACCUUCAUGUGGGCUCCUUUCCCGAGUGACCUCAGCGGUGAUUCUGUCAUGCAGCAGCAAAUUCAGUUUCGAGCCUACUACCUGCCGAAAGAUGACGAAUAUUACCAGUUCUGUUACGUUGACGAGGAGGGGGUGGUCCGUGGAGCCAGCGUACCUUUCCAGUUCCGGGCAGAGACCGAGGAUGAUAUCCUGGUGGUUACUACACAGGGAGAAGUGGAGGAGAUUGAGCAACAAAACAAGGAUUUACUUAAAGAAAACAAGGAACUGAAGGAAAGCUGCCUGUGUCUCCAGAAACAGAACCUGGGUCUGCAGGAGGAGCUCCGGCUGGCACAGGAGAAGAUGAAGGAGCUAGAGGGAGAAGUCUGUUUCUUGCAGACUGGGAACUUGGAGCUGCGGAGAGCUCAGGAGCUCCAGGCCGGAGAGAUGAGCUCUGCCCAGAUGAAUUUGGCUUCAAUUAGGGAACAGAACAUAAAACUUGGAAAGGAAAAUCAGGAGCUGCAGAAAGGACUGGAGUCUCUGAGGAACAGCUGUGAGAAAUUGGAGCUGGAAGGAAAUUUCCUGAAAGAGGAGAACAAGCGGCUGACGGAGCAGAAUGGCUGCAGAGAGAGAGAGCUGCAGCAAUUCAAAGAACACAACCAAGAAGUGUCAUCUGAAAAGGAACAGCUAGAAAGCAGAUUGAAAACUACCCUGGAUCACAUGGACCAGCUGCAGUCACAGGUGUUGAAUCGAGAGAAGGAAAUGGAAAACCUGGUUCGGAUGGACCAUGACAAGACUGAGCAGCUGGAGCAUUUGAAGGAGGAGAAUCGUCAGUUACGCGUUACUUUGACUGAACAGAAAGAGCAGGAAGUGAAGCUGGAACAGUGUCUGGAGGAUCUGAAGGUGACAGAGGCCAGCAUGGCUCUUCAUCUGCAACAUAAGCAGCAUCAAAACCACAAUCUAGCAAAGGAACUCGAGGAGAAGAACCAUUUGUUUCAGAUUCUUCAGCGGAAAAAGGAUGAAAUUGAGGAGAAAAAUCUGAGACUAAAGCAAGAGAACAACGAGCUGCUGAUACGCCUCUCUGAGAGCCCAGAUUAUUCUGCCCAGGUUGCAGUCCCAUCGGCGCAAGUUCCGACUCGGUCUCCAGAAAGUGCAGACCUUUUGUUUGGGAACCCGUACUAUCAAUCCCUAGAAACAUAUGGUGUGACCGUGCCCUCUGUGAAGAAAUGUCCCCUGUGUCGUGAGGUCUUUUCUGACGACAUUGGGCCACGUCAGUACGAGGACCACGUGCGAAGCCACAUUCUGGAUUGCCCGUACUGUGACGAGACCUUUGAGGAUAAGCAGGUGUAUGAUGAUCAUGUGUACUGCCACAGCCUGGAAUAAUUCUUCAGUCUGCUUUGUGCUGUCUAGCAGGUGUAUAGCUCCUCUUUCAGGUGCGAUAGCACAGACUUGAUCAUAACCAAUACUGUAAGAAUAUAGAUCCUAGAAAAAUCACCCCAGCAAGGCUGGACUCAGCACCAGUACUGUAGUGCCGACCCAUCUGUUCCAUGUGAUGUGACCCAUCAUCAAGUUGGGUCAGAUACCAACCAGUACUAUUGAAAUAAUUCAUCCUUGUCAGCU